ACAAGUCUUCUGUCAGUUACCGCGCAUCUGAUUGGGUACGAGCCCGGCGUGAGCGCAUAAUAUGCUACUUAUUCUGUGUCAUUGAGCACCACAUGGUCAACUCGGAGAUCACUCACAGACACAGACGCUGAGCGGCAGACACCAUGCAGAUGCCAGAGUUCAUGAAGCAGUUUCGGCUGCCGGAGAUGAAUGAGUUGCGGGACUAUCUGCACACUCUGUCCCCCAACACCAUCGUGGGCAUGAGUGCCUUCGCAGCUCUCUCCACCUUCUGGUACGCCACGCGGCCCAAGGCUCUGGAGCCUCCCUGCGAUCUCUGGCAGCAGUCUGUGGAAAUUGAGGGCGGCGAGUUUAUCAGACGGUCAGUCCUUGUAGAGGGUGACAAGCUACUGACCUACUACUAUGAGGACGCCAAGACCAUGUAUGAAUUCUUGCUGAGGGGAGAGCGCGUGUCCAACAAUGGACAAUGUUUGGGAGCAAGGAAGCCCAAGCAGCCGUAUGAAUGGCUGUCAUACAAAGAGGUGGUGGACAUGGCCGAGUGCUUGGGCUCCGCACUGCUCCACAGAGGUCACUCCAAGUCCAAGAACCCAUACAUUGGCAUCUUCUCCCAGAACCGGCCAGAGUGGACCAUGUCUGAGCUGGCCUGCUACACGUACUCUCUGGUGUCCGUCCCCCUCUACGACACACUGGGCACAGAAGCCAUCGAGUACAUCAUUGACAAAGCCUCUAUCUCUACGGUGGUGUGCGACGUAGCGGCCAAGGUGACGCUGCUGCUGGACAGCUUGGUGGGCAGGAAGCACUGUGUCAGCACCGUCAUCAUGAUGGAGGAUGUGGAGGCCGAGCUGCUGGAGAGGGGCAAGAAGAGCAGCAUAGAGAUCCUCAGUCUCAAAGACGUCCUGGCUCUAGGCAAAGAAAAGCGCAAACCCCCAGUGCCCCCUAUGCCUGAUGAUCUGGCAGUUAUUUGCUUCACCAGUGGAACAACAGGGAACCCAAAGGGAGCAAUGCUCACUCACAAGAACGUUGUGUCUGAUUGCUCUUCAUUCAUGAAGAUUAUAGAGAAAAGCUGCCCGAUAUCCAGCAGCGACGUCCACGUCUCUUACCUGCCCCUGGCCCACAUGUUUGAGAGAGUCGUACAGGGGGUGAUGUUGGCCCACGGGGCCAGCAUUGGGUUCUUCCAGGGGGACAUCCGGCUCCUGAUGGACGACCUGGCUGCCCUGAGGCCCACUGUCUUCCCCACUGUCCCCCGGCUGCUCAACCGCAUUUACGACAGGGUCCACGGACAGGCUAGCUCGCCGGUCAAGAAGUGGCUGCUGGGCUUUGCCUCCCGCAGGAAGGAGGCGGAGAUGAACAGCGGCAUCAUGAGGAACAACAGCAUAUGGGACAAGAUCAUCUUUAAGAAAGUGCAGGCCAACCUGGGUGGCCGCGUGAGGUUGAUGCUGACUGGUGCCGCUCCAGUGUCUGCCACUGUACUCACCUUCAUCCGAGGUGCUCUGGGCUGCCAGUUUUAUGAGGGCUAUGGACAGACGGAGUGCACAGCAGGGUGUACUAUCACACUCCCAGGAGACUGGACAGCAGGGCAUGUUGGAGCACCCCUUCCUUGUAACGACAUAAAACUGGUGGAUGUUGCGGAGAUGAAUUACUUAGCUGCAAACGGAGAGGGAGAGGUGUGUGUGAAGGGACCAAACGUGUUCCAGGGCUACCUGAAGGACCCAGAGAAGACUGCGGAGGCCAUCGAUGAAGACGGCUGGCUCCACACAGGAGACAUCGGCAAAUGGUUACCGAAUGGAACGUUGAAAAUUGUGGACCGAAAAAAGCACAUCUUCAAGCUGGCCCAAGGAGAGUACAUCGCCCCGGAGAAGAUCGAAAACGUCUACAUCAGGGCCGACGCUGUCGCACAGGCCUUCGUUCACGGAGACAGUCUACAGUCCUGCCUUGUGGCUAUCAUCGUGCCAGACCCUGAAAUCUUACCCAAAUGGGCUCAGAAGAGAGGCCAUAAUGGAUCAUAUGAUGAGCUUUGCAAAAACAAGGAAGUAAAGAAAGCUAUUUUGGAGGAUAUCUUAAAGCUAGGCAAAGAAGGAGGUCUAAAGUCUUUCGAGCAGGUGAAAGACAUUAGCCUGCACAAUGAGAUGUUCUCUGUGGAAAAUGGCCUCCUCACUCCAACCUUCAAAGCCAAGCGGACCGACCUCAAGAACCACUUUCGAGACCAGAUUGACGAGCUCUACUCCAAGAUCAACAUGUAGAUGAUAGUGGGGAACCAGAACAAAAGGCAAAGCAGGAACUUUUUAAAAGGGAGCCUCCUCAGGGAACACUUUAUCGUUUUGUCUGGUCUCUGGACACACAGUGACCACAGGACUGUGUCUCUCAUGAACGAAUAAAAUUAAAUGAAGAUCCAAAAGGAGCAGGGACAAGUCGGCUAUUUAUGAAUCCUCUGCCCUUAAACCGAAAGUCAUAUGUUUUUUUUUGUUUGUUUUUUAAAAAAAAACAAAUGUAUUUAUUUUUUCAUAUAAUAUGACAUACACAUAAACUGUAAGACACAUAGACAUGUGUGGUAAGGCACAUAGACAUGUUUGCACCAAAGUGCUUUCAGCUUCAGGUAGACCACUCCUAUGAAUGAGAACAACUACCUGUCUGAUAACUCCAAAAAUACAUAUGAAAAUGUAUUCUAAUGGUUUAACUAAAAAUGCACUCACCAUCAUUCAAAACCAAAUAUGUGGCAAGGGAGAAGAUUUCACUUUUACCUCUAAUGUAAUGUAAUGUUGAACUUAAUCUCCUCUUCUCUCCUGAUGGAUCAUUGUCCAGGUCAGUUGAAUAAUGUCCAGUCAUUAAUUCCACAUUAAGUGGAAGGUCUGGUGAGUAGGUAGUUAAACAGGGUGCAAAAGUUAAUAAUACUGGACUGUAUCUGUUUAUGGUUUGUACUUUGACUUUUCGGAAAGUCCUACAUUGUUUGUUUCCCUGAUUUAAGUCCUCACACCAUGCGCCCUACUACGCUGUUUUGUUAAGAUCUAACAAUAUUUGAUAUCAAUGCCGUCUCUUUCCAGGAAUGAAUUAGGUGCAUGUCAAAUUUGUGCCACGUGUUGUCUUUGCGUUUCAUGCCACACUAGGCUAUCUUUGACAAACAGCAUUGUCAGCCAUAUUUGUUAUUAGCCUGUCUUUCUGGAAAUCCAAAUUCCCUGUUAAUUGAUUUCAAUUGAAACAUUCCUCAGUUAUUAACCAACACAAGUGGUAUGUCCGAGGGGAGCAACCGACAUGCGCCCAGAGCUGUGUAACUCACUAUUGCAACAGCAGGCCUGGCCAUUUGAAGCUCUCUCUGGUUUGGUGGCUACAGCAGUCAUGAGCAAAGUAUUCAAUGCCUUUUUUUUUUAAUUAUUAUUAUUAUUAUUAUUAUUAUUAUUAUUAUUAUUAUUAUUAUUAUUAUUAUUGUGACAACAACAAAGUAGAUGAUUAAUCCUUACAGAUAUCUAUUGGAGUAUCUGUGGAGAGAGAUUUAGCAACUUGCAAAACAUUGUUUCUGCACAGGUACACAGUAUACCUGUCCAUUAUAGACAUUCAUAAUGAUGUAUUGCCUUAGUUACCUCAACAGUGGUCACCAGUUUUUGCUUCUGACUGACAGAUAUGCACAUUUUCAGUGCUGUUGUAUUGAGAUUGUAUUAUUGAGGACAGCAAUGUUGAACCAUAUGCCUCAUUAUUUGUGAGAGAGGAAAGGCUGCAUGUUUGUAAGAUAUGCUAGUGUGGUUUUAUCCAUGGAAAUUGAAGGGUUUUUUUCGUUUGUUGAUGGAGUCUGUAACUAAAACUCUUGUCAUAGUGAAGUUCAGUGAAAUCUCUCUUUGGAGAUAUUUUAAAGCAACAGGGAAAUACUAAAUAUGUUGGGCCGUCCAUUUUGAAACGGACACUUUUAUGAAGGGAAUUUAGGUGUAAAAUUACCAACACUUGAUAAUAUGAUAACUGUCAAUGGUUGAAAUACAACAACUGAUCUUUAGGUAUGAAUUCUGUUAGUUCUGUUUCUGUGUGUAUUAAACAUAUGUGCACUGUUAAUAGUGCAUACAAUUUUGUGAUUGACACAGCUAAUAAAUACCAUUCAGAUGUCA